AUGUCGCCCGAUCAUCUGACUCGGACCGCCGGUUUAAAGAGAAAAUGGAUCUAUUUUCCGUUGCUCGGCAACGGAACCAAGCUGCGCCUGCCAGGUGUUACAGAGAAUUCCUUCCCCCCUGUAAACAUGUCCGCCGCCGUCUGUGCCGGAUUCCUCCUUCGGAGAUCCAUGCAGGGAUUCCUGUCCUCCAGGACUAACCCCGCUUUCCUCAGCCCAUUCUUGUCCCGCGCUCAUAGACUGGAACCUGGAGACGAUGAGUUGUACCAGCGUACCACAGUGUCCAUCAUGAAAAAGGAAGCAGACGUUGGGAUAAUGAUCCAGAGCUACAGUCCAGCUGGAUUCAAUGUCGAUGGAAACCGGGUGUUUGGGCCAUGCGUUCUGCUGCCUCCUGCUAUUUUGCAGUGGAAUGUUGGCACUUAUAAAGACAUCACAGAAGACAGUGUGUCACUCUUUCACAUGUUGGAACCAAGAAUAGAGAUUCUUAUACUGGGCACCGGUGCACGGCUGGAACGAAUAAAUCCGUCAGUCCUGGCUCUUCUGAAGCGUAGAGGCAUUGCUGUGGAGGUGCAGGACACGCCGAAUGCAUGUGCAACGUUCAACUUUCUGACCAGUGAGCGAAGACUGGUUGCCGCUGGUCUGAUUCCUCCUUCUCCCAGCACAGCCCUAGAAGUGAAAGAGGACUAGGUGUUGAGAAGUCUUCUGCAUGUAGGAAAUAUAACAUACCAUUGAGGUUCUCUGUCAAGUGAGAUGGUCAUUCUCCUUCUGAACAAAUGUCCCAAAGCAACAGAAGAAAAGAAAUCAAAUCCUUAUGUUCAGUUAUUCAUAUAGAUGAUCAUGUCAAAGCAGCUCUUGUUAAAAUAUGACCUCUCCGAUGAGAUUAUGUUUGAGAUUUUUCUCAAACAUUUGUACAUGGAUUGCACAUGAAAAUGUAGCACAGUUUGUUUUUAAAUGUUUAGCCUGACACGUGAAUACAAUUGUGUACUUGAAAGAAUGUAAUAAAGAGAUACUGUAUUCUUGUAUAUAAAUCCAA